UUCGGCAGCAUGACGCGCAGCGGCGGGGCAGCAGGGCGUCGGUCUCUGGAGCGACAUCUGGACCGCAGUCCCGCUCCUCGGAGCCGCUAAUACCACCACGACCCAUGAGACUAAAGAGCUUUCUAGGAACAAGUUAAAUGCAAACAUGUAAUCUCGGAUUGAUGCUCCACUGGGUAGGAGAGAGACCUCUGCACAGAUGAUAGACUUCAUGACGGCUUUCCCGGUAAUCCUCGUCGAGCCCACAUGCCACGGAGACCUGCGAGCGAAAGGCAUCCAGUUCCAUUCGACCUGUAAUCUAUGCAGAGAGAGCCACACAACUCAGGUCUGGCUUUGUUUCUUAGUUCUGAGCUUCCUGAGUACAUCUCCGUGUGCUGCCUCUUUGCCAGAGACACGUGAAUUACAGAUCUGCUUUGAUGGUCUGAGAGAAGCCAUUAAGAAUUCUAGCGCUAUGCUGUAUGCUCCUAAUGAAGUAAUGAAUGACGUUGAAGAGAACUGUACACUGAUGUUGCUCAAAUGUUACAUGUUGGAGUUGAUGAUAGUCAUACACGAAGAAGAAAUUAAAACCAUUGACGUAAACUGCAUCUUUGAAUUCAAUCACCAUUAUCUGGAGAAACAUAAUACUGAUGGCUGUCGACGACCAUGUGAAUCGUACCCUCUUGUAAAUAUUACAAGAUUCUCGGAAAGACUACAAAGUUUUUUGGAAGAAAUGAAUAGUCGUAUGCCGUAAAUACUGUGAGCCACACAUGUUCAUUUGUAAAUAUCUGUAAAUAAUUUGUUUUUAUUUUGUAAAUAUAAUGCUACGCAUGCCGUCCGGUAUUUUGUAUCAAAGUGAAUCUAAAUGUAUAGAAUGAUUGCUUUUAACUGUACAGAGGAAGUCUCUAUGUGCCACAAUCUGCCUUUCAGUUGUACUGUUUAAAGAGAAGUAUCAGCAUCAAGUACUACUACUGUGUAUACAGAAUGUAUAAUAUUAUUAAGCUCAUUGCUAUGCACUACUGAAUGUCACAUUUACGCAGUAUAUGCCUUAUGAACUCCAGUAUCUUCAGAAUCAUUGCUUAUCCAGUAAAUGAUAUCUCAACAAUUAAGUCUUUCAUUGUUUUUGUGGUUCUUUUAUCUCAAGCUUUUGUCAAAACUGCUUUUUAGUUCAGUCGAGUUUACAUUCAGGGAUUGUGGAAAUUCAGAUUGCAUUAGCCUUAUGUUUAAACAAUGCAAGCGUUUGUGGUGCAGGUGUGAUGAGUCCGAUAGAAAUGUAAUAUGAUCCAGAAUAGAUCAGAGAGUUUGGUUAUCAGACAGUGAGAAAACAGGAUAUUAGAAGUCGAGGAAGUUAUCAUGGUGGCUAUCUCUUAUCAAUCAUGAGGUAUGAAGAAAUAUAAGAAUCACGUCACAAAGUAAUCUACUGGGAAUGUGUCCUAGAAUGUAUUUAUUGGACGAAGCAGCAUCAGUCCGGAUAAUGUAGUACCCGGUGACCAUGUGUUUUUUUUUGCAGGCUGGCCUCAUAUAAAAGUAAUUAUGGAGACAUUAAGGGCUAAAGUUUGUCUGAACGCACUCACUUAUCAUUAUCUUUGUGGUCUAACAAAAUUACUGAGUGCAUUUCCUUCCUCAUAAAACAUUUAAACAA